GAUUAAUAAACAAGCCAAGGACUUUAUCGACAAUUCCUGGAGUCUUUUAAAUCAAACAUACUCAUUAGUAAUGUGACAACGAGAUCCCUCCCUGACAAGCCGAAGGUGGAGCACGUCGUCUCGAUCUAUUUCGUCCGCGGAUCAAUUCGCCCGAGUCGAGUCCGCGGACAAAUUUGCUCAUCCGCGGCAACCUGCAACUCCGAGGAACUCUCCCUCCGCCAGCAUCACUUCGACCGCGCACAGUGGCUUGGAAGACUAUCCGUCCGAGCGUCGCAACCAUGGUGCGUGGCUCCCCGAGGACGUCUGCGUCUGCAUCGGGGUCUUCGACCUCGACGCCGACACGUAAGACCAUGCGGAAAGGGACGCACAGCUGCAUGGAAUGUCGCCGUCGGAAGAUUCGAUGCGACUCGAUGCCAGGAGCUUCAGCCUGUUUCAAUUGCAAAUCUCGUUGCACACCAUGCAUAAGCCAGAGCGGUGAUGGCGCGAGACUGCCGAUGCGUCAGCGCUUAGGAUCUGACUCUCUGGCAAAUGGCAGCAGUGAGGCCCCUACGUGGUCUGCGAGGAGUCUAGGCGUCCCACAGGCUCCAGACGUUCUGGAAAACAGUGUCACAGAUCAGCGAGCACCCUUCCUCGCGGUUCUGGGCCCGUCUGGACUCUCUAAAUCACCCAAGACGGAAGAUCCCUAUACGUCAUCUCGGCGUCCGGCCAGGGACAGGAGUGUGUCUUACUCGUCAGCAGAUGACCGUAGGUCAUCUCGUGCCUUCAGCAGAUUGCAUGAGCCAUCCGUACCCGACCAGGGGGGAAUUACUUGCGAGACAGUACGUGCAGAAUUGCCGUCCUACGAUUCGAUCAUGAAAGUUGCAUUGGCGCACAGAGGCUGGUGGGUUCGAAUACACAAGGCUGUUCGUGGCAUGCUUGACGACACGAUUGAGUCUUUCCCAGACUUCGUCAGGCGAGCCUACGAGCAAUCGGCCUUCAGAACUGGGUAAGAUGGCGAUUGCGUUCGCCUUCGCUUCUGAUAUUAAUGGGUCACAUAUCUACACCUUGGUCGACCGCCUCGUUGUCUCUGACAU